AUGCUGCGAAAGUUUGGCAAAUAUUGGCGUGAUUCGGCGUCUCUGCUGGUCCUUGCGCGCUCAAAACCCACCGCGUCGACCUGUGAAUACAACUAUAAGGUGCUAGUGUUCAAACGGCCAGCCAAGAUGUCCUUCAUGCCCAACAGCAUCGUCUUCCCGGGUGGUGCUUUCGAUAAGCAAGACGAUUCUCCGGACUGGAAAGCCUUCUUCACCGAUCGAGGCGUGAAGCCAGCUGCAUUGGAAACGCUCUCCGAUGUACGUGGUCCUCGGCCGUACAUAUUUCAUACCGAAAGACCCGAAGAACUAGACCGUAACCUGUCUCUACGGCUGUGUGCGUUACGCGAAGCCUUCGAAGAGCUUGGUCUUCUGCUGGUAGCUCCAGGAACGGGCGGCCAUCAAAGGACAUUUAGCCAGUGUCUUGCUUCGUUCGAUGUUACCAAUUGGCAGCGCCGGAUACACGAUGGGGAGGCUACGUUCGUGAAGCUCCACACAGAGCUGGGGACAGUGCCGGAUUUGUUCAACCUAUACGAGUGGUCCUGUUGGUUGACGCCUGCGAUGUUUCGCAAACGGCGAUUCGAAACCGCUUUCUAUCUCGCGCUACUCGACACGCAACCGGAAGUUUAUCCGGAAGCACACGAAGUAGUGGGACACUUUUGGGACACUCCGGCCGCACUUCUUGAAGCACACCGCCGGGAGGAGAUCUGGCUGGCACCACCGCAGUGUUACGAGUUGACGCGACUCAGCUACGUGCGGGACAUCGAUCGUAUUGCGCGGUUCGCGGCCACUCGUAACGGGCUCGCUUCGACGCGACUCUGUCCUGUACAGUAUAACGCAGCCGAUGGAGUCCUAUUCGUCCUGCCGGGCGAUGAUCUCUAUCCCCACGAUUACGAUCACAUCACCGAACACGCUGAUCUGGAUCGGUUCGGGGCACUACCCCUGGAAGAGCUGCGGCAACAGGGGAAAAGGCUCCAUCGGGUGGAGCAUCGUGGGACGCAUCGACAGUCGUACUUUUUCAACCAACCACAGCCCGAUGGGCAUCUUCAUUUAGUUGGAGACAAUCGACAUUUACCGGAGGUGUGCGCCUGA